UACAUCUUUAUAUUUACCUCAUGGAGUGAACGGUUGCCUAGGUACCGUAAAUGAAGGAUUGUGUUCGACGUAAACAAAACUUGGUUCGUCAGCGGCUGGAACGGCGUAUCCUGGACUCAUAGUUGGCCGAUGAUCAAUUUCAUGCGAGAUGACAUCGCUCGACUUGCGACAGCAGAAGCUGGAACAGCAGAGGCAGUUAAUUGCACAAAAAAUGAAGCAGAAAAGGCAAACUGGUGCCAGCGGAAUGGUGCAGGCAUCUAAUGUAUCCAGUGCACAACUUACGAGUCAUAGAUGGAUAAACCCAAACAAGGACAAGGAACUUCAUGGAUACGAUGGCCCAUUACAAUAUACUAUGACUCAAGCAGAAAUAGGGCCAUAUACACAGAAAAGUAGUGACGACACAAUUAAUGCAGUAGUCAAUGAAAGGAGUUUGUACGAAAGUUUUCAAAGUUCUGAUUGCGCUGAUGAGGAAUCAUCACCUGUAGAUUUCCAUUCACCUUCAGAAUCUUUACCACGUUCCUCGCCACUUCGAGUAGCACCUUCAGAAGGACCUAGUACUCUUAUUAAUAGAGAUAAUAAUUCUUCUAGUCCAGAACUGGAAGGAAAUGUUGAAGGUAAUAUUGAAGAAUUUGUGAUACAACCGGGAAAUAAGAAAAUGUAUUACAAAUGUCGAAUAACGCGCGACCGAAAGGGAAUGGAUCGUGGUCUUUAUCCGACCUACUUCUUGCAUCUGGAACGUGAUUAUGGAAAGAAGAUUUUUCUGUUGGCUGGUCGAAAAAGGAAAAAAAGUGCAACGAGCAAUUACUUAAUCUCAACUGAUCCUACGGAUCUCUCGAGAGGAGGAGAAUCUUACGUAGGUAAACUUCGAUCGAAUCUUUUGGGGACGCAAUUCACGAUUUACGACAAUGGAUACUCGCUAAUGAAGGAUGACAAACGCGACGAACGUUUCAAUCCGCGGCAAGAAUUGGCUGCAGUGAUAUACGACACGAACGUUCUAGGUUUUAAAGGGCCACGUAAAAUGACAGUCCUGAUACCAGGCAUGACGCCCGAUCAAAAGCGGGUGAAAAUAUGCCCGCGGGACGAGUCUGAAACUUUGCUUGAACGUUGGAAAUUGAAACGUAUGGACAAUUUAAUAGAAUUACAUAAUAAAACUCCAGUGUGGAACGAUGACACACAGUCUUAUGUUCUUAACUUCCAUGGGCGAGUAACUCAAGCAUCUGUAAAAAAUUUUCAAGUUGUUCACGACAGUGAUGCGGAAUAUGUCGUGAUGCAAUUCGGACGUGUCGCAGAGGACGUUUUCACAAUGGAUUAUAGAUUUCCUCUUUGUACAGUCCAGGCAUUUGCCAUCGCUCUGAGUAGUUUCGACAGUAAAUUAGCGUGCGAAUAAAAGCACGACCGCAUGUCAUCGAUCAAUCUAUCAGUUAAGUAUAUAUAUAUAUAUACUUGCCCAUACGAGUUACUAUAGCAUUCUAAAUCGUUAGUUUUCUAAUGGACAAUCAAUAGAUUAUCAGUAAAUACCAAUCUAUAGUGUCGAAUGAUAUCAGAACAUGAUAUCGAAUCAUUUUAUAAAACUCGAUUAUAUGAUAAAACGUGAAACAAGAAUCACUGUAAAUGUGUGUUCACUUUUCAUAUAUUUCGUGUAGCAAGUCUAUUUCUAUAUUAAAUGUAUAAUGCGAGAUGUAUAAUGAUUUCAACAUUAUUCGUGAUAUAAAAAUGUUAAACUCUUUAUAAACAUUUCAAAUGUUGCACAUUACAUUGUAAUCAUUUCAUUUUCUUUUUGAAAUCAAUUACCGAUAUAAAAUUAUUGUUCGUAAGAAUCCAUCUGAAUCUCUUGGCCAGUAAUUUAGAAAAUCAAUGUAGUACACCUUUAUAUUAAAUAUUUGACAUAUUUUUAUGAAUAAUUCAUGCACAGGGUGUUUAUAGAUGAUAAGACAUAAAUAUAUAUGAUUUUACAGUGCCUUGGCAUGAUAUUCAUUGUGAAGGAUCAUAUUAUCAUAUUAUCAAUUGUGAUAAGAGAAAGAGAUUAUAAGAUGGCAAAAUUAUUUACAACAUAAAACAGAAAAAAUAUAUGUUUAAAUAUUUUAUACUCAAUAAUAAUACAAACUGUUAAUUGCAAAAUUAAUGAAUAUCACGAAAAAUUCAUAACUCUUCUUUUAUAUAUAUUUUUCCAAUU